AUGGCCAGCAUCCCGCAGCUGCACCCGCAGCUUUCACUGCACCUUGCGGACCGCUCACUGACGCCCCUGAUCUCCACAUCGAGGACGUUGGCGGCGGGCGGCGGCAGCAGCCCCGAGGAACAGCAGAAGAAGCAGGACGCCCUCGCCAGUCUUGCUUCGACGGCGCUCACCAUCCACGAUGCGGCUCUUCACUUUGGCCUAGGCCGCCCGCAGCGCGUCCUGGCCGACUAUGGUGGCCCGGUCAUGAUUCAGACUUUUCUGGACCCUGCCGCUCUGCGGGACGAGCAUCAUUCUACAUUACCGCUAGCGGCAACGCCGAAUGCGGCUGCAGCGGCGGAAACCCCUGUUGGGGGUGGUGGUGUUGGUGCAACUCACCUGAUGCCCCAUAGGCCGCUUCCCCACCGCGGCCUGUCGGCGUCAUCCAUCAGGUCUGCGUUCUCGAGACCUACCAGCAGCAACACCACGGGGCAGAGGUUGCAGAUGGACGGAGGCGAUGGGUUCAGGAUGAACGGCUCCUCGCCAGCGCCCCAAGCCGACCGGGUGAGCUACUAUGGGGGCCCGGACCUUUCAAGGCCGGCUGCUGCCAAGAAUGCCCACGCUGCAGAUGACGAUGACGAACGUGACCAUCACGACGGUAACGACGACGGCGGUAGUAUGGAUAGCCAUAAGGAAGACGACGACGCAGACGCCUCUCCAAUGCUGGUUGGAAUUGUUCUGAGCGCAAGUGCUGAAGAGGCCAGCGACUCUAGGAGAGCCACAGCUCGCUUGGAGAAGAUAGGUCGUGAAAUCCAGCGACGCUGGUCUGCUGAAUGA